AUGACAACAUCUCAUAGACCACAGUUAGAGGCUAGAAGUGGUGCAAAAGUCUCGAGAUAUGUACCAACUUCAACUGAACAUGCUAGGUUACUUCCUGGUCACAAGAAAAUAAAAUAUAGAGACCAAAUAGCUGGUAAGAGUAAAGAUGAAGCAAAGUGUAAUAUUAACAAGAAUAUUAAGGACAAUGUUGGGUCUAUAGUUUUAGAGAAGAACUACUUAGAAAAUACAGAGUUACAAGAGUUAAAGAAAGUUCUUUCGAUUGAAGAUAAAGACACUCAAGAUAUUUCAGAUAAGAGUAAUAAUAGUAGUAGUGAUAUUAAUUAUAGUGAUGAUGAUGAGGAAGAUGAAAAGGAAAUAGAACAAUUACAAGAGGAACUAGCUCUCCUUAAACAAAAAAGGUUGGCAAAGGAGAAGAAGGAAGAACAGUGUCUGGAAGAUGAUAUCAAGGACGUUAAAGUACCCAUAUCACAAAUUAAAAAGAAAUCAUGGCGACAAGGCACGACCUUUUCUAGAGAUAAAAAUAAAGUCUCUAAAAAAUCAAACCAAUCAUCCACCAAUAAUUUAAAUACGAGUAAAACUUAUGUGAACAAUAUUACACAAUCUGUUUAUCAUAAAGAAUUUAUGAAGAAAUUUGUGAAGUGA